ACUACACGUUCUAUCAUCUUUUCGCGGUUAAGCACAUUCCCUUAAGAACCUCAACUGGUACGAAGGCAGAAGUGCGAAUUAAGAAAGGCGCAAUGUCCAAAACAAAAAUAUUUUUGGUCGGGAUAGUGGUCUAUGCGGAGAUAGUGGCGAGCUGUGGGGGCAAAGGAAAUAAAUGGGACCGUUUGCUGGUGAAUUUCAAGAAGCAAACGCCACUUCCUCGGACGGAAGAUCAAGCUUUAAAAGAGGGAUGGAGAAACGACGCUUCGUGUGAAUCCAAAAAUCCAUUUUAUGGAAACAGAUAUGUUAAGGGCAACGAUAUUUCUACGCGGUUGUUGUUUGAUUCUGCAGGAAACCUCGCUGGAAUACAAGGAACGAUUACCGAAUCCGACGAUCUUAUUCUCUCACCCACCCGACCCCGACCGUCGGCGUUUGUGAAGGAUGAUCAUGGCCACUACCUUUUGACGGCGUACUUCACUAAAAAGCCCAAAGACAUAUGCAAGAAAAAGCCUCGAAGUAAAAAUGAGGACAGUCUUGUCAUUCAGACCAGUGAUAUCAGAUUGUGUGGCAAACCACAAUUCAUGGAAAUUCCUCUUGAGGAGAAGAAACUUGACAGCAGAUGGGUGGAGGGACGUUGCGUCUCAAAGAUGGGAGUCCAUUACUGGUACGAUAUUUCCGAAAACAUGCACUGUGACCAGUCCUACCCGGUGUUUUUGUUGUAUGAUCAGGUGACUCGCCGGCUCAAGUCGUUUGGUUGGGCAGCACUUGCUAACCUCACGAGUCCUUUGUGGGAGCACCCGCCAAUUCCGAGUUUGUCGCACUUCUUCAAACCACCGAUACCCAAAUGUUUAAUGAGCAGAGAAGUGAUUUCAACACAGCAUGUUUAUCUCACCGAUCCGACUCAGCUAACUUGCAGCAACCCCGCCGCAGGGAAAAGAGCGAUCAUUUAAUCACUUGAUGGUAGAGCACGUGACAAGAGUCUCAGUUCACGGUCAGCACACAUGAUUGUAUUUAUCCGAUGGUCAUUUCUGAUAUGUGAAUAAAUGAAAAUAAGCUGAUAAA